AUGCACCUCCGACGAGCAGGUGUCGCCGUCGGACUUGGCUCCGCCAUCUCCGCUGCUGUUGCGGCGCCUCCCGCGUUCCCCGCAUCCGGAAACGGGAUCUGGUACACUCAACCAGGCCGCGACUUUGAUUUUUGGGCGGACGACUGGUUGCCUGUUGGGAACGGCUACCUUGCAGCGAUGGUCAACGGACAGGCUGCGCAGGAGGUGACCCAGCUUAACAUCGAGUCCCUCUGGUCUGGUGGCCCCUUCCAGGAUCCCACGUACAAUGGAGGGAAUAAGGCGGCUUCCGACCAGGCGACCGUGGCGCAAGAAAUGCAGGUGAUACGUCAAGCCAUCUUCCAGAGCCCCAACGGGACCAUCGACAGUGCGUCUACAUCUGGCGGGCCGCUCUCGAUAGGCUCCUACGUCGGUGCCGGAUAUCUGCUCGCCACCCUCGACCUGAAUGGCGGUUUCUCUGACUUUGUCCGAUGGCUCGAUUUGGAUGCUGCCGUGCAACGCACCUCAUGGACCCAAGGAAACGCGUCCUUCUUCCGCGAGACGUUCUGCUCCCAUCCUACGCAGGCAUGCGUCCAGCGCAUCAACACGACCGAUGCUAGCACCCUUCCCGCUCUGACCUACGCCUACUCUGUCGAUGCGGAGUCGGGGAUCCUUAUUCCCACCGUCUCAUGCUUCGAUAACUCGACGCUCCAGAUCACCGGCACCGCCUCCAGCCCCGGCAUGGCCUUCGAGAUCCUCGCCCGGGUCAGCGCGAGCGGCACGAACACCUCCAUUGUCUGCGCGCCCACCGGGACGAACAACGCCACGAUCAGUGUCAGCGGCGCGAGCGACGCGUUCAUCACCUGGGUUGGCGGCACGGACUACGACGCCGACGCGGGCGACGCCGUGCACAGCUUCUCGUUCAAGGGCGCGGACCCGCACGAUGCCCUCGUCGCGCUGAUUGAGCCCGCGACCGCGUCCGCGACGACGUACGAUGGCGCGCUCGCGGCGCACAUCGCGGACUACGCGGGGCUGAUAACCAAAUUCGAGCUCGACCUCGACCAGACGCCCGACUUCGCCACCCCGACGGACCAGCUGCAUGACGCGUACCAGACGGACGUGGGGAAUCCGUACCUGGAGUGGCUGCUGUUCAACUUUGGGCGGUACCUCCUCGCCGGCAGCGCGCGGGGCACUUUGCCGGCGAACCUGCAGGGCAAGUGGGCGAAGGACGACAGCAACCCGUGGAGCGCGGACUACCAUUCAAACAUAAACAUCCAGAUGAACUAUUGGUUCGCGGAGCUGACGGGCAUGGACGUCGUCACGCCCCUGUUCGAUUACUUUGAGAAAACGUGGGCUCCUCGCGGUGCUCUCACUGCUCAAUACCUGUACAACAUCUCCGAGGGAUGGGUAACGCACAACGAGAUCUUCGGGCACACCGGCAUGAAGGGAGGUGGGAACACAGCGUCGUGGGCCGACUACCCCGAGUCCAACGCAUGGAUGAUGCUUCACGUCUGGGAUCAUUUUGACUUCACUCAGGACAGCGAUUGGUUCAAAGCUCAGGGAUGGCCGCUCCUGAAGAGUGUUGCACAGUUCCACCUGCAGAAACUCGUUCCUGACGAACGCUUCAACGACUCGACCCUCGUGGUCAACCCGUGCAACUCUCCCGAACAGGUUCCGAUCACUCUCGGGUGUGCCCACGCCCAGCAGCUCAUCUGGCAGCUGUUCAAUGCCAUCGACAAGGGAUUCGCCAUUUCCGGCGAUACUGAUACUGCCUUCCUUGACGAGGUCCGCGCGAAGCGAGAGCAAAUGGACAAGGGCAUCCAUAUCGGUUCCUGGGGCCAACUCCAAGAAUGGAAGGUGGACAUGGAUUCGCCUACCGACACCCACCGCCACCUCUCCCACCUUGUCGGCCUUUAUCCCGGAUACGCCGUAUCGGGCUACAACGCUACCGUUCAAGCGACCGCUGAGAACUACACUCAUGAUGAAGUCAUCGCCGCUGCUACGACGAGUCUUAUCCAUCGCGGGAAUGGCACAGGGCCUGACGCCGACUCGGGCUGGGAGAAGGUCUGGCGCGCGGCAUGUUGGGCGCAACUCCAGAAUGCGACCGAGUUCUACCACGAGCUCACUUACGCACUCGAGCGCAACUUUGCGCCGAACUUGUUUAGCCUUUAUUCGCAAGGCGAGGGCGCGAUUUUCCAGAUCGACGCUAACUUCGGUUUCCCCGCCGCACUCCUCAACGGUCUGAUCCAAGUGCCGGACGUAGCCACGACGGGCGACAUCUACACCGUCUUCAUCCUCCCUGCGCUCCCGUCCAACUGGCCCAGCGGCUCCAUCAAGAACGCACGGCUUCGUGGCGGCAUCAGCAUCGAGUUUUCGUGGGCCCCGGCCCCUCAGGGUCUAACGUCCUUGAAGGUAUCGGCGGAGUCUUUCGCUGCAAGGAGGCGGGUUCGAUUCGUGCACAAGGGGCAGACGAUCAAGGAGAUCACGACGUCCCCAGGGAUGAGCGUCAAUCUAGUGUAA